GUCAUUUAUUUUACUCUAUUCCAUACUUAAAGUUGUUUAUGAACUUCUUAUUGCUUAGAAAUUUUUUAGAAAUGACUCUGUCAAGGAUUGCUGUAGUGUUAAUUAUUAUUGCUACAGUUGACUGUAGAGAUUAUAUGAAAUUUCCAAAGAAUACUGCAGUUUUUUUUGGAGAACCCGCAAAACUUAACUGCUCUGCUGUAGACGAAGUGAGAGUAUAUGAUCUAACUUCGUGGAUUUACACAAAGAGUCAAACAUUGUAUACUUAUGCAAUAGCGAAAAAUUUAACAGUGGACCCAUUUCAUAAAGGCAAUUUUGAAUUUGCUGAUAAUACAACAUAUUCAUUGGCUAUUAAAAGUGUUAACAAAGAUACGUCAGGUGUAUAUGAAUGCUCUGGGUCUUAUGAGGGAAACAAAGUUGAUAAUUUUCAUGCUUUUGUCUCUUCUAUGGACAGUAAACCUGGCUGUAACGAGCAAAGAGACUCUCUGCCAGAUUCAAUUGGAAAUGAUAGAAAAAUUGUCUAUUGCUAUACUGAUUAUGCAGGUUUUUAUCCGCCCACUCUAACAUUUACAUCGUCCAGUCCAAUUAUAAAUAAAUAUGAUACUGAAUAUGGAAUACCUGAUGGAAAUUAUUUCUCGACUGGAUCUUGCGCAAUUGUUAACAGCUCCAGCACUUUCUCUUGUACAGCUAAGUUUGGUGCUCCCCCAGUUGAUUUGAUUAAUGACUUAUCGUUUGAUAUAAGUUCUCCUGAUCUUGAAUCAUCUUGCUCCAGCUCGAAUCCCAGUCAGGAACCGAUUCCAGCAUGGCUAAAGUCGAAAUGUGCGAGAUCUUUAGGAAGAGAUUAUAAUCAUAGACCAAGGAAUCAGGUGGUUGCCCCUGAGUCAUCAGCUGUGCUCAAUUGUUCAGACGUUAAUUCAGGAAAGCAUGACAAAGGAACCUGGAAGGCAAUACAGAGUGAUGGAGGAUCGGGCUUUGACUUGGCAGUUAACUUUGAGAUAAAAGAAAGUUUAAAAAAAUUUUUCGAAUUUCCUAUUGAGGACGUUUUCAACCUAAAAAUUAAAGCUAUAGAUAAAUAUUUAACUGGCUAUUAUGAAUGCACUGGUCUUAAGGACGAUACCAUUAUGGAACAAUACAGCGCCUUUGUUCUUUCAAUUGAUAAGCCUACUUGUCAGCUUAAUUCUCAUGAUGCUUUGCCUGAAGGCCAAAAAUUGGGCUUUUGUCAUACCACGUUUGCAGGUGAUUGGUUACCAUAUGCUCAUAUGGUGAUCAAUGACGUAAUAGCUCCAUCUCCACUAUUCGAUAGACCUAGCCCACCAUUGAAUCCAGAUUGGGCGAUGGUAGGCAGUUGCUUGAUAAUAAGCAACUCUGAUAGUUUCAAUUGUAAGGUUGGUUUUGAUAGACCACCCGAUCACGUCUUAGAAGACUCUAAGAACGUAGAUCUUACUGCUCCAGAUUUCGAAGAAACAUGCACUCUUGAAAAUUCACAAGCUCCUGCAUGGCUAUCACAUAAAAUGGAGGAUACUAAUGGAACUCAAUCAAAAGAUGUUCUGGAUAUAUUCCACAAUGUUAAAUUACUUGCAGUAUUCAGUAUACUAAAUUCAGUUUCUGUUGCAUGUUUAAUAUUCUCAGCAUUUACAAUAUAUUUUGUUGGCUCUCACAAAAGUUUACCUGGAAAAUGCCUUAUAAAUUUAACCCUUUCUUUGGCUUUGGCAAAAUUAGCUUUUCAAGUGAAUCCUAACUUCUCCCAUAAGCCAAAUGUUUGUUCUUCAGCCGCUGCCGCUCAGCAUUACGUUUGUCUUGUUGCAUUUCUUUGGAAAAGUAUUCUUUCGCACGAUCUCUCUACAAGAGUUAAACUUCACGCAGAUCAUCAUUUGUCCAAUGAUGUUAAAGAAUAUACUAUAGAUCAAAAGAAGAUCCUACGCUUCAGUCUAUGCAUAGCUUUUGCUUGGGGAUUGCCAAUUGCCAUAGUUCUGUCAUGCGUUGUUAUAGAAGUAUUUAUAAAAUCCUCUUUUCAUUAUGGAAAUCCUGCAUAUUGCGGUGUUUUUGGCGAUAACAUGCUUGUUUGGUCUUUGGCAUUGCCUUUGGUCUGCAUAUCUAUUUAUACUUUGAUCGGAUUUCUGAGAUCAUCUUUCAUCAUUGCGAAUAAAUUUCAAAGAAAGAAUAACUUUCAAAUGUUGAGUGCAAAGUAUCAUUUAAGUAAUAAGCUAAUUACAAACGGAAAUGAUACUGUCGCUAGAUGGCAAUUAGGAUUUUAUUCAAAAAUUACCAUGGUUAUGCUAUUAUCGUGGUUAUCUGGAUUUAUUGCUGCAUUUACUAAUAACUUACCAGCAUGGAUUUUCUUUGUUGUGCUGAAUAGCAGUCAAGGUUUAUUCUUUGGCUAUUCCCUUAUUAUAUCCACCCAUUAUUGGAAAGAUCUAAUAUCUCGUAUUCCGGUAUUUAAUAAAUGUUGUUAUAGAAAUUCGGCCGAUCAAACAGAAGUAGCCAUUAUCAUGAAGUCAAUGGACCCUCAACCAUAG